AUGACGACCUCGCACACAAAACAAAAAACCCAUUUGUAAACAAAGCACGGCGCCCGCAAAAGCGUUUCUGUCAACGUAAUCAGUUUUUUUGCUGCUGGUUGGUGGUGGACAUUCUUGCAGUGCAGCGGUCAGCAGCAAUCAGGAGCGGAAUCAAAUUCGUCACAUUUAUCACAAUCUCAAGACGCCCACGCACCGACAAAUCAAAAGCUCAGCUUCCGCUCCACUUUCCGAUCAAAACUUCAACUGGAAAUGAUUCAAAUUUAGUCGAGUUACGGGAAAAAUAGCGAAGGAUAAACUGGUUUGUGUGUGACCUCAUUUGACUCGCAAUGAAGAUGGCUCCAAAAACCACCAGCAACAAUCUGAAGUACCUCAGCUUGGUGACGCUAACGCUGCAGAAUGCCAUACUGGGCCUUAGCAUGCGCUAUGCGCGAACCCGGCCGGGCGCAAUGUUCCUUAGUUCCACGGCGGUCGUGAUGGCCGAAGUGGUCAAACUGCUCACCAGUCUGGUGCUGGUGUUCAUGGAGGAGGGCAAAAGCGUCCGGCGGCUUCAGUCCGCCCUGCACAGCACCAUCGUGAAGCAACCGCUCGAUACGCUCAAGAUUUGCGUGCCCUCGUUUCUGUACAUCCUGCAGAACAACCUGCUGUACGUUUCGGCGUCGCAUCUGGACGCGGCCACCUACCAGGUGACCUAUCAGCUGAAAAUCCUGACGACGGCCGUUUUUGCGGUGAUCAUUCUGAGGAAGAAACUCUUUCCGACGCAAUGGGCCGCCCUGGUGGCGCUGGUCGUGGGAGUGGCCACCGUGCAGCUGGCGCAAACCGAUUCGAGUGGGACGGCGGCCUCCCGGCAGCAGCAUAUGCCAGGUGAACCGGAUCAAAACCGCCUGCUCGGCUUCAGUGCCGCCCUCGGUGCGUGCUUCCUGUCCGGCUUUGCGGGAAUCUACUUCGAAAAGAUGCUCAAGGGAGCGGACAUCUCCAUCUGGAUGCGAAACAUCCAGCUCAGCUUGCUCAGUCUGCCCUUCGGACUGAUCACCUGCUUCGUGAACGACGGCUCGAAAAUCACCUCCGAUGGGUUCUUCUUUGGUUACGAUGGCUUCAUUUGGUACUUGAUUCUGCUGCAGGCCGGAGGUGGCCUCAUUGUGGCCGUUGUGGUCAAGUACGCGGACAAUAUCCUCAAAGGUUUUGCCACGUCGCUUGCCAUUAUCAUUUCCUGUGUGGCGUCGAUGUAUCUGUUCGAUUUCAACCUGACGAUGCAGUUUACCUUCGGGGCCGCCUUGGUAAUUGCUUCGAUUUUCCUCUACGGGUACGACCCGAAUGCGGCCGCCAAGCAGAAGAUCAUCAAACUCAACCCGGACAGCCAGGAGCGACUCCUGGCGGAAAAGGUCUGAUCGCACGACGUAGUAUUAGAGUGGGCUAAGCUAAACAUUAUUUUAGGAUUAUUAUGUGACGAAAGAAAUGCAAUGAAAAAUUUAAGAUACUUAAAUUUUUAGAUCAAAGUUUACAGUUCAAAAAUAAAUGCAAUUUUAACGAAGCGGUCAUUGAACCACCAAA